ACUCAUAUCAUUGCUGACCGAGCAUAGAACAUGUAGUUGUCUAUAGAUAUCACGACUAUCAGCUUUCCAUCAUCAUCAUCAUCAUCAUCAUCAUCAUCAUCAUCAUCAUCAUCCACCACAAGACUCUCUACCCUUAGGUUCCUCUUUCAUCACCACCCAACAAUGAAACCCCACGCCGUAUCCACCGCCGUCUCCGAAGCCAAUCUAGAAAUCCCACUCAUCGACUUCUCCGCAUUCUUGACCGGCGAUGCCGCAACCAAAAAAUCCACCGCCCAAGCCAUUCUCGCUGGCUUUCAGACUGCGGGUUUCGUGUAUUUGAGCAAACAUGGUGUGCCCGAAGAUGUGCUCGAGAAGACGUUUGCGGAAUCUGCGAAAUUUUUCAAGCGUCCGAGAGGCGAGAAGGAUGCUCUUGCUUGGACUACUCCGGAGGCAAAUAGAGGCUACAGUCAACCCGGCCGCGAAAAAGUCACCGACGCAGAAACCCCCGAAGAAAUCGAAGCAGUCCGCGCCAAAGAAGGCUCUGAUUUAAAAGAAUCUCUCGAAAUCGGCAAAGAAGGCGAACCCGGAAUGCCCAACCCUUGGCCACGACAAGAUGCAGCCGGUAUCCGUUUCCGCGAACAAAUGCUCCAAUUUUUCGACGAAUGCAAAAUUCUGCACAUCAACAUCAUGCGUGCCAUUGCCGUCGGAUUAAAUCUUGAAGAGAAAUGGUUCGAUCGUUAUUGUGAUGCGGGAGAUAAUACCUUGCGACUUUUGCAUUAUCCGGAAGUUCCUGCGGAUGUUUUUCGUCGUCGACAAGAACAACAAGAAAACGACGAUAAUGUCGUGGAGCAAGUUCGAGCGGGCGCACACACGGAUUAUGGAUCUAUUACAUGUUUAUUUCAGGACAUGGCGGGAGGUUUACAAGUGAAAUCUCCGACGGGGAAAUUUGUGAAUGCGACGCCUAUUGAGGGGACGGUGGUCGUGAAUGCGGGAGAUUUACUUGCUCGUUGGUCGAAUGAUGUGAUUAAAAGUACUGUGCAUCGGGUUGUGGAACCUCCGACCAAGUCGACGGUGCAUCCGGCGAGAUAUACGAUUCCUUACUUUUGUCACCCCAAUCACGAUAGCAUUAUUGAUGCUAUUCCAGGCACGUUUAGUGCAGAGAAUCCGAGGAAAUAUUCUGCCGUGAAUUGUGGAGAACAUCUUGUCAAGCGUCUGAGGGCUACAUAUUAGGAUUGGUUUUUCCUUUUUCUUUUUAAAUAAAAAGGUAUCAGAAAUGGGUUUUU